UUAAUGACUAGUUACUGAUCUUACUUAAUGUUGUUGUAUUAGAGACAGAGAGAGAAAGGGGAAAAAAAUGUUAUGAUCUUGAAAGGAAAAGUGUGGAAAGGUGAAUGAUAAAUGAAAACAGUGAAGGAAAGGGGUGUUUAUUGCAUAUUGAGGUUGAAUAAUGUGAAGAAAAAGAAAGAAAAAGAGAUGUUUAGUGAAUGAAAACUGUAUGCCACUUGAAAAAAAUAUAUACAAAAACUUAGAAAAAACAAAUAAACAGACUCUGAAUUGAAAAAAAGAAAAAUAUAAGGAAACACUUGAAAAAAGAGAAAAAUAAAAGAAAAGCAAAGAAAGCGAAGAUAAAGAGAACAAAACUAAUAAGGAAUAAGCAAACAAAUAAGAAAGAAAACAUGAAAGUGACUUAUUUAAAAAUAUUCGUGACGUGACGGUGACGCAGUUGUGAAGAAGGAACAUGAAACACCGUCUGUCCACUGUGAUGGUGAUGGUGCUGGUGGUGGUGGUGGUGGAGGUGGUGAACGGUGAUGAGAGUGAUGAUGAACACACUGGAGGACUGAAGCACCUACACCUCAUGGCCUACCCACCAGCUGCUUCCCCUCCACCUCCUCCUCCACUUCCUCCACAGACGAGACAAGAGGCACAGGGAGAUUAUUCCACAUCAAAGGGAGUUUCCAAGGGUUAUGUGUCCCAAGUGGGUGAGCAGAGUCCCCCGGGGUGUAAUGUCACGGCUGAGGUGUUCCUGUGCGCCCCAGGGGAGUGUGUGGCCCUCUCCCUCAGGUGCAACGGAGUGACGGAGUGCUCGGGGGGACAAGAUGAGAGUGUGGGAGAGUGUGGAUGCCUUCCCAACGAGUUUGAGUGCAAGGAUUCCUGCAUUGACGAAACACGCCGCUGUGACACUUUCAGGGACUGUCCAGACGGCGCCGAUGAGCUGAACUGUGACACGUACGUCUGCCCCACUACGUUCUUUAAAUGCAACAACCACUUCUGCGUGCCCAGCGAGCUCGUGUGUGACUUCGACGACCACUGCGGCGACGGGUCUGACGAGCAGCUCUGCCACCACCGCAAAUGUUGGAAGGCGGAGUUUGAGUGUGACAACGGACAGUGCAUCAGACCUGGGCGUGUGUGUGACGGGGUGACGCACUGCAAGGACGGCACGGACGAGGACAGGUGCAGGCCAGAGGACUUCGCUGUGUGCGGAUCCGGUUCUCGUGUGCACCGGUUCUACUGGUGUGACGGCUGGCCGGAUUGUGCCGACAACCACGCCGACGAGCUGAACUGUGGGUCGUGUGAGGUUAGCCAAGGGUUCCAUAGAUGUCCAAACUCCAGGUGCAUUCUGCAGAGCAACGUGUGUGAUGCCUACUGCGACUGUGUGCCCGAGUGUUCUGACGAGGCCGCCUGCCCCGCUUCGCUCUACACCAGACAGGACGGUGUAGCCAGGUGUGAGGCAGGCACGACCCUUACCUGCCUCGUGGCCAGCCAGGAGAGAGCGAGGGACAGGUGCAUUGCCAGCCAGUACAUAUGUGACGGCACCAGGGACUGUCACAAUGGGCAGUAUUAUAAUGAUGAGUUUGGCUGCGUGGGGGACGGGGGGCCGGAGCCGCGGUGUCCAGGUGAGGAGGAAGUCGGGCAGGUGAGUGGCCGGUGGUUCCUGUGUCAAGACGGCAGGUGCAUUCCCGCCUCCCUCAGGUGUGACUACAAGAGUGACUGUCUGCACGGCGACGACGAGGAUGGCUGCGAGAUCCCGGAGUGUGGCCCUGGGGAGUGGCGUUGUCAGAGUGGCCAGUGCGUCCCUGCCGUGGCCCGCUGUGACCUCCUCUACUCCUGCCUGGACAAGACUGACGAGAUAGGAUGCGAGGGGGAGCCGUGUGCUGCUGGCUUCUGGCGGUGCGGUGGCGGCCAGUGUGUUGAGAGUCGCCUGUGGUGUGACUGGGUGAAGGACUGCCCGGACGGCUCUGAUGAGAUAGACUGCGGGGGCACGGGGAGGGAAUGCGCCCCUGAGGAGUUCCGAUGCAGCAGUGGGCAAUGCAUCCAGGGACAUUACAGGUGCGACGCCUCGGUGGGGGAGCGGCAGGGAUGCGCUGACUCAUCACACCUGCUGAACUGCUCCACGUUCGAAUGUGGGCCAGGUGUGCUGAAAUGCGCCUCUGGUCCGUGCCUUGGUCUGGGGCAGGUAUGUGACGGCUUCGUGGACUGUCCUCUCACCUGGGAUGACGAGGAUAACUGCCCCUUCGUGUGCUCAGCCAGUGCCCCCUCGUGUGAGUGUCGAGACAUAUCCAUCAACUGUGAGGGGCGAGGACUCAGCUCUGUGCCAAAAGACAUAGAGCUGCAAAUAUCACGAUUUCACCUGUCUGGAAAUCAUCUGGAGGACUCUCUCUCGGCCGAUACCUUUGUCCGCUACCCUCACCUGGCCUACCUUGACCUCAGUAACAAUAGCCUGACGGUGCUUCCUCUGGGUCUCUUCCUGGGGCUGAGUCGCCUUCGGAUCCUUGACUUGCGAAACAACCUCCUCACCUGUCUCCAGAACUCCACCUUCCUGGGUCUCGUUAACCUGAGGACGCUUCACGUGGCGGGCAACCGGGUGGCAACGCUUGAGGGAUGGUCGCUGUAUGGCCUGUCUUCGCUCUCCUCGCUGGACCUCAGCGGCCAGAGAGUAUCCAAUGUCUCCACUCUCGCCUUCCUUGGUCUGCGAUCCUUGCUGAGUCUGAACCUCUCCCACAACCAGCUGUCUGGGCUGCAGGACGGCUCCCUCACCGGCCUGGCUAACCUGCUCUCCCUAGAUUUACGUGGAAACAAGAUUAGCGUCAUGGACUCCAGGGUGUUCUCCGUACUGCCACGCCUUCUGCACCUGUGGACAGAUGAGUUUCGCUUCUGCUGUCUCGCCCGUCACGUCCCGACUUGCCACCCGAGGCCAGACCAGUUCAGCUCGUGCGAGGAUCUCAUGACAAACGGAGUGCUGCGGGUGUGUGUCUGGGUGCUGGCUUCCCUCGCCCUCUCUGGAAACCUGCUUGUGAUUCUUUGGCGUCUCGUUUACAGGAGUGACAACCAGGUGCACUCGUUCCUCAUCACCAACCUGGCGCUGGGUGACCUGUGCAUGGGCCUCUACCUGCUGAUCAUCGCGGCCGUGGACAUGAGGUACCGCGGCGUGUACUUCAUUUACGACGCCGUGUGGAGAACCUCGCCCCUGUGUCAGCUGGCGGGCUUCCUCUCCACCUUCUCCAGUGAGCUUUCCGUGUUCACCCUCACAGUCAUCACGCUGGAGAGGUUCCUGGUGAUCAUGUUUCCCUUCCGUGUGCCGCGCCUCACCAUGGGCUGGACGCGCGCCAUCAUGGGGGGCGUGUGGGGCUGCGUAGGCCUUCUCUCCGCCCUUCCGCUCGCUCCUCUCAGCUACUUCAAGAACUUCUACGGGCGGUCCGGCGUGUGUCUGGCGCUGCACAUCACUCACGAGAAGCCGAGCGGGUGGGAGUACUCCGUGUUUGUCUUCCUGGUCGUCAACCUGGUGUCGUUUUCUGUGAUCGCCGGGUCGUACUGUGGGAUGUACCGGGCAGCUCGUACCUCCAGCGCCGCCGUCAGGAGUGACCAGCAGGUGCGGGAGUCCUCGAUGGCCCGAAAGAUGACGCUCAUUGUGGUGACGGAUGCGGCGUGCUGGCUUCCCAUCAUUCUGCUAGGCCUGCUGUCCCUGGCUGGGGUCAUCAUUCCUCCGCAGGUGUUCGCGUGGGUUGCUGUAUUCAUCCUGCCUCUCAACGCUGCCGUCAACCCGCUCCUCUACACGCUCUCCACGGCGCCAUUUCUGGGGAAGGCGAGGGAGCGUGUCCUUGACGUACGCCACUCCUUCAAGCGCCGAGAUGUCCACGGGCGAGGCUGCGUUGAUGGUUUGCCAGAGUGACAUCACCGCGCCCACCAGACUCCUCUUCCCUGACGCCACCCACCGCCUGUACCACCACCACCACCACCACCACCUGCACUACCACCUCCACCACCACCACCUGCACAGAAGCCGCCGCCGCCGCUGCCCGCCGA